UAUAUUAUCAUAGUAAAUGUCAAUUGGAGUAUUCUUAUAAGUUGUCAUCAAAGAAUAAUACAGUCUUAACAUGAUCUUCGUCAACAAAAGAAAAUGUUAUAAAGAAAGGUCGGUGUUACUUUCUGACUUAUCUCCACAGACACUAUAUAGAGUUAUUUAAAGAGGAAGUAGAAAACUAUGAAGAAGUGACAGGGAAUUUAGAAAGAAAAAUAAGCAAUGUAUUUUCAAAAGGGGUUAAAUUUUUAAUGUGCCAAAAUAAAAAAUGACUUGCUCCGAAACAUGUAACUGUGAUCAAUGAGGAGAUGUUAGAAAUUUUAAAGGAUGAGGAUAUCCUAAAUAAAGCUGCUUUGAUAUUGAGGAAAUCGGUGUUGCAAGUCGAGAAGAAAAAUUUGCCAAAUAAUUUGUCUGUACAGGACCUUAAAGCCGGCGAAGUUUCCGUGCCGGAAAAUGUAUCGCAAUUUUAUUAUACUCUUAUUGGAGGAAGUAACAACAAAAGGAAAAAAAUUCAAAAUGUAAACGACAAGUUCAAUCUUUGAGUACAGAUACUGUAUACGCCAUCUUUAAUGGUAAAUGGACAACGUCAAAGCAUAUUAAGCUUGAAAUGGCUUUAAAAAUCUUUACAAGCAGUCGUAAAAUAAUCGACAUCAUCCACAGAUAUGGCCAUUGCAUUAGCUAUCCAGGGGUAGAGGAGCUGAAAAGUACUUUUUACUCCGUGCAAAAAUCAACUAUAUGUCCUAAAGUAAUAAGAAAAAAUCCGAAUCUAUGCACUGGAAUUGCGUUUGAUAAUUUUGAUCGGUUUAUAGAAACCAAAAGUGGGAAAGACACGUUACACGACACAGUCGGUGUAAUCUAUCGAAACGAGGACCCAAACACUUUACAUGAAACAGAAACUCAAAAUUUACCUUCUGCUACCAGCGAAGAAUGUGAAACGACGGGAAAAAGACAACGAAGAACAAUGGAGAAUAUUGAGGUAGAAGGUAAACCAUACAUGAAAAAACCCAAGAUGACUGAUGAGUUACAAAUUUCUAUUCAUGAAGCUGAAGGAAUACUGCCUGUUUCUUUACAAUUAUAUAAAGACAUUGAUGUAAUUUAG